AUGAUUCUAUCAAAUCUGCUCAUAGCUUCCCUAGGCAUCAUUUCAGUCACUUCGUCUCAAUCAUUCAGUGCCACCAAUGUUUGCCUAGAUGCACUCUCAUCAGAGCCUAAUGACGCCAAAAGUUUUUGCACACAAUAUUUAGUCUCGAGCACUAUCCCUAUUCCUUCAUUUGCGUCACCGUGUUUGGCCACCGACCCAUCUGAUAAUCAGUUAUUUAAAUCUUGUUACGAGCUGCUUCAUCAAUUGGAGAACGAAGUUUCACUACCUGAAGUGCCACAUCUCGGCGUGAUUGAGGAGCCUGUCAAGCGCGGAGAAACAUUACCUCGUGACGGAGGCUUCUUUAAUACAGGAAGUGUUCCAUCAGUAACAACCAACAUUGGGACAUAUGAUAAUUAUGGAUGUUUCGAAGAUAGCACUCGGGGAAAACCUCUAGGCUCUCCGCUACUCAAUUUAAUUGGAUCUGCCGCGGACACAAUUCAGAGUUGUGUAAAUGCAUGUUCUAUCUCGGGACAAAAUGGAAUACCAUAUCGCUAUGCCGGCAUAGAACCUGGAUCUUGCUGGUGUUCUAAUUAUAUCUCGAUACUCGCCAUCAAAAGCUCUUCGUUUUGUCAAUCGACCUGCCCGUCUAAUUAUGGCAAAUAUUGUGGGGGUAUCGUUGGUGGAAUACUUCACAUGCAGCUAUAUGAGUUGAAAAAUGUGAAUCCUACAUCAACGAUGUCUGUGAAAACGACAUCUUCUUCGCUGAAAUCUUCUGUUAAGCCAUCUAUCUCAACGUCACAGUCAGGGACUACAUCUAAAUUCUUGAGUUUGACGACGCAAACGAGCAGUCGAAAGUCUUCGUCGAUUUCCAAAUCUUCUUCUUCUGCUAGCCCAACCAACCCCAUUUCGAGCUCAGAAAGUUACAUCCUACCAUCGGGCACUUUCGCUUAUCCGAGUGAACUAUCAACUCCUACCCAAUCAUUCGGCUUGCCUCCUGAUCCUCCAACUAUCCCUCCUAUCGUUGGUCCCACUGGUACCGACAGUUACAUUCAACCGUCGGGUACCUUUGCUUAUCCGAGUGAAGUUUCUACCACAGGUAAACCUAAUCCUUGGGCAUCUUUAACACUUGAGGAGCCUAAAUUUUGGACACAAGUACCUUCUGACGCAGUUCCAGGCUUUGUAGAACCAACGACUACUCUUCAAUCCAUAUCCACAGCAACAUCUCCCCCUCAAAAGGUUAAACGCGAGUAUGAUAUCACCGCCCCUGAUAGUCCAUGGCUUGCUCUGCUUCCCCUGACCUCCCCAGAGAUUUUUAAAGAAGUUCUUCCCGGCCAAGUUCCAGGAUGGGAUCAACACGCCAUAGCUAAAGAGAAAAAACUCAAGUCUCGGGAAUAUGAUAUAUAUGCACCAGACAAAGUCACUCCCGAUCAAGUUCCGGGUUGGAAACAUCAAUCUAUUGCUCAACCACCCGAUAAAGUUAAACGUGAAUACGAUAUCAACGCCCCCGACAGCCCUUGGCGACCCGUUCUUCCUCUCUACACCCCCUCCAUCCUCAAAUCCGUUCCCGAAGGCCAAGUCCCCGAAAACUUCCUCGAACCUCCCGGUCGUCCAGAUUUCAUCAAAGCCUACCCAGAAAAAGACAACAACAAACGUCUCCCCGCACCCUUCAACAAAAUGCCCGAUGCCGUCGACCCCAAAACUGGCAAGAAAUUACCCAUCCCAAAGCCGAAACCCAGAUACAGCCAUUCGAAAAUCAGCCUGCAGAAAUUCCCCAGCUUGAAAGAAAUAGGAUUGGAACAAGAUGGGAGAGAACAUCAAAAUGAAGAAGAUACAGAUGCAGAUGUAGAUGCAGAUGAAGAUGAAAAUGAAAAAACCGAAAACGCAAAAAGGAUCUCGGAUCUGCAAAAAAUCAGAGAUAGACGCUACGCGCACAAACUCCAUUUACAAGGAACACCCAAAGCGUAUGCGGAGAUGCGAGAGAAGAGCGAGAGAAGCGCGCACAAGGGACACAAACGAAUAAAGAUGGAAGAAUGGGAGAAGAGGAUUUUUAGGGGAUUGGGAAAGGAGGAAAGGAAGGGAGAGGAGGAGGAUUUGUUGUUGAGGGAAGACGCGAUUAUUAAUCGUGUGUGGCUGGGAGAGGACGGGCAGGAACUGGAAGAUGGGGAGGACGAAAGUUGGACAUGGAGAAAAUGGAGUGGAGGGGGAAAGAGGAAGGGGAGAAAAAUUCGCUUGGAGAGGUGA